UCCUCUUCCUUCACUUCCUGCAGUGGCAGUUCUCCGCUGCUGGUUGGUUUGUAAACAUGGCGACUGCUGGUGCAUCUGGAGAUGACCUGAGGAAGGAACUGACAUGUGCUAUUUGUUUGGACUUCUUCAAGGACCCCGUUAUUCUGAAAUGCGGCCAUAAUUUCUGCCGCUUUUGCAUCUGUAUGCACUGGGAUGAAAAUGGCGGAGACUAUGGGUAUCAGUGUCCUCAGUGCCGAACGGUGUUCAACAAGAGGACUUUCACUAAAAACUAUCUGGUGCAGAACUUGGUGGCCAAACUGGACGAUCUGGAGUGCCUGGGCGCUUGUCCUGCCCCCUCCAAGCCUGUGAAAUUUGGUGAAAAGUGUGAGCAUCAUGGUGAAGAGCUGAAACUCUACUGCCAGACCGAUAAGAGGCCUAUCUGUGUUGUCUGCAGGGAAUCUAGAUCACACAGACACCAUGAUGUGGCACCAGUGCCAGAAGUUGUAACUGACAUGAAGAUGGAACUGAAACUGAGGCUAAUGGAGCUCAACUGGCAGAAGUCUCAAUGUGUAAAAGUUGUUACGGCUGAUGAGCUCACUAAAAGUGAACUGAGGUUGAAAAAGCAGAGACUCAAGGAAAAGAUUGAAGCAGACGUCGGUGCCUUGGUCCAGUUUUUGCUGGACGAGAGGGACUCGCUGCUUGAAAGCCUGGACGCUGAGGAAGUGGCCACCAUGGCUGUUAUAGAUGACAACUUGAAGACUGUGGAAACGGAAGCAGCAGCUGUGGACAAAGCUAUAGCAGCUAUCCACAGCCAGAUCAAUGGAAAAACUAACUUUGAGAGCCUUGCAGAGACAUUUAAUGAAGUUGUACAGUGCAAGCCUUUCACCUCUUUGGAGCCGGUUAACUGUCCGACAGAAUUUACAGACUUCUCAGGGCCCUUUCAGCUCAUCAUGUGGAAAAAGAUGAUGCACGUGCUGCACACCAUGCCCCAGAACCUCACCUUGGACCCAGACACCGCUCACCCGAACCUGCUUAUCUCGGACUUUGACACCAAAGUGGAGGAGGGCCGUGUCCGCAGCCAGGAGCCAGACCUGCCUGCCCGCUUCAAUCGGUUCUGUGGCGUCCUCUCCACAGCCCAGUAUGCUAGUGGCCAGCACUACUGGGAGGUGGAUGUGAGGGACAAAGGUGUGUGGUACCUGGGAGUGACCACAGAGUGCAGCAACAGGAAGGGCUUCGUCAGCCUCACACCCUCCGCAGGAUACUGGAGCCUGUGCCUGCAGGACCGGCUGUACGCCAAUGGGGAGGACGGACGCAUUCCAGUUGCCGACUACUGGAAUUCUCCUCGCGUGGGUGUGUACCUGGACUAUGACAACGGGCGUCUUAGCUUCUAUGAUGCUGUAACAAUGAAGAGGCUGUACAUGUUUGACACCUGCUUUGAGGAGCCUGUCUACCCUUUCUUCAGCCCAGGGAAAAAUGACCCAGGCAGCAGACUGCAAAUAUGCCACUAUUACUGAGAGUUUAAACAAGUUUAACGCCUGUGUGUUCAUUUCUGCCUGUUGGCAAGGCUUUAUCUCAUAGAUCAGGCUGGAGUGAUAGGCUGAUGUUGACCCUUGAAGUCAUGUAUGCUUUUGAGUUGUCUUACUGGUUUUUAGAAAGUACAUUUUACAUUGAAUAAAAAGUACCAGGUGUACACAAAUUUGGUAGUUUUCAACUUGGACACACACUGUAGGCUCAUACCACCUCCUUUGGCUGGGGGUUUGGAGAAGUGCUUUGCUAUUCAUCACUGUGUCUGCUGGGUUGCAGAUGCCUCGGAUGCUCUUGUUGUUCAGAGCAUAUUCAGUGCUGUUAUCCCGUUAGCAACAACUAUGCCAUACUUCUACUACUAUAAAAGCUCACUCUUAGAAGGGUCAGUGGUGAAGCAUUGUCUGGUAUAGUUUGACUGUCUGUUGUUAUCAUGCUACAUUCCCUCAUCAAUAUGAGACUGAACACUCAAUUUUGUCCAUAUUGUACUGAUUUUACAAUUAGACUUCCAGGAAUGAAUGGAAGUGGCAACAUCCAUCAGUACAAAUCAUUUUAUCACAAACCUUUUAAACACUUAAUUUUAUAUAAGAUGAUAAAAACGUAAAGUUGCACGCUUGGCAUUUUUGGACUUUUCCCUCUGUA